AAUUUAUGGAAAGCUUUAAGCUUCAGUGUAGAGCAAACAUACAUUGUUAAAGUACUGGAAAUGGAUAGACUAGAAAAAAACAUCAGCUGAAAAAGGCUGUACCACACCGUAGUGUCAUAGCCUACAUUAUUUGUAUGGUCUUGUUGUUCAAUGGCUCUGUCACUAAACUCUGUUCGCUCGACGGGCUCCGUAGACUUAUCCGUAUAACUAAUUGAAUUUCAAUGGCAGAAUGGCAGAAACAUUUCUGACCAAAUAUACUUUAAUAAAAGUGUCUUUGGCGAAACGGAAGAAGAUUAACGAGAACCUAAAGCUACUUCCUCCUAACAACGGAAGUGUGCUACGUCCAAACAAACUCUCUUCAUGUUAGCUAGGCUAGCUGCAAAUCAACAAUAUAAUUGAAAACGCUGAACUGCACACUCCAUCAGACAUGGAGACAGACUCCUCGCUCCUCACCUCUGAAAUGCAGCAGCUUCAACAAGAAGAGCUCUAUCAUCACCUUCUUAUGCAGACGAUGGGAGAGGUGCAGCAACAAAACCCGGACUCCAGAGUAAUCCGGCCUGAUCCAGGGAUGUGUGUGAAGACUCUAUCCAUUCCUGACAAGCAGAAGGUCUUUGUGAACAUCUGUCAGUCUCCUGCGGUCCCGCCCCCUCCCCAUCUCUCCAAAGAGGAGCUGCUGGAGCUCCUUCAGUCAGACGAUCCGACGGCAUACAGAGUUCCCAUGAGCCUCGGAGAGCCGCACACCGAGCUGGACAACAAUUCUCUAGGUUGUACAGCCCAUGAUGUGGUCAUCAACAAUGAAUUCUUCCAGAAAUGCCAGAAGGAUCCCCUGUUCCUGCAGUUUGUCAUCGCUGUGUCCUUUGAAGGGCUUGAAAACAAGUAUUCAAUUGAGCUGAGCCGAGAGUGGAAGGUGCUGAAAAACAGGAAGUUUCUUGGCUCCAUAAGCGAGCAGAACAUCAGGACCAAGAGCAAGCCCAGCAUCCAGGAAAUGAGCCCAUCGGACUCUCACACACAACCUACAGAAGCCAGACGUCCAGAGUUUUGUCUCAUUGUUGAGCCCCCUGCUGGAGACCCUCAUUACCUGAUAGCAGAGAUUCAGCUUCCUGGAGUGGCGUCUUCUCGCUCACUUCUCCUGGACCUGGGGGAGGACAGGAUGGUGCUGACGGCUCGGCCUUCUCUCUUUCACCUGGACUGCUACUUUCCGCUCAACAUCGACCCCGACACCAGCGUCGCCCAGUACAACAAGAAGACACAGAUUCUCACAGUGACAAUGACGGUGGUCCCUUCAUGAAGAAAGUGAAUUUUCUUUUUGUUAAAUAAAUAUUUUUUCAUGUUUAAAA